AUGGCCGCAAAGAUGGCGGCCUUAUUUCGUUGUUAUAGAGUUUCUUUGGCUUGUCGGCCUGUAGUUACGGACACAAUUAAUUUUUUAAUGCGGAGACAAUGUGCAUCAUUCUCAUGCAGAUGUGAUUUAAGUUGCUUAGCGACAGAAAAUGCCAUUUCACCCAUAUCGAAAAAUACAUUUGGAUACCAACAGACCUCACUUGUGGGAUUGCAGGAGAAGAGAUUUUUUACAUCUUCCUCCGUCACCCCUAAUGAUAACCCACAAAUAACAUUUGAAAGCCUUUCGGAUCUGAUAAAAGACAAACUACAAGAAUCCCUUAAUCAUGAUUCCUUGGCAACACACUUGAAAGUUCUUGAAGCUUUGAUCAAGCAUUGGAAAGGGGAAGUGCUAUCUGUGUCUGUCACAAGAACAGCAGCAGAAUUAUCUUCAGAGGAUGUUUAUAGACUGGCAUCACUUAUCUUUGAAACCCAAGAAUCAGUUGGAAAGGAUGCAGUUGAAUUGGCUGCUCCACUGUUCAGAUUUUCUGCAAUGGCUGGAAAUCCAGAUGGAAUGUAUAGCUAUGCAAAACUCCUGGAAACAGGAGAGGGUGGAGUAGAAAGAGACCCCAUUGAGGCUGGAAAGCUUUUCUCAGAGCUUGCAGACCAAGGUCAUCCAUUUGCUCAGUUUACUUUAGCACAUUUUUAUCACAAUGGAAUUGGAAUGAAAAAAGAUUUACAGAUGGCCCUUGAGCUUUAUGAGGCCAGUGCAAAGAAGGGUGUGAGAGAAGCUAACACUAUGAUAGGAAACAUGUAUACUACUGGAGAGAUAGGAAAGGUAGAUCUAACAAAGGCAGCCAAGUAUUUUACAAAAGCUGCUGAAAAAGGUGAUGUGCCAGCUCUCAUGUCACUUGGUGCAUUUUACAGUCAAGGCACUGGUGUAGAAAAGAAUUUUCAAAAGUCAUUCAAGUGCUACAAAGCAGCAGCUGACCAAGGCCACCUAACAGCCCAGUACAAUGUUGGAGUCAACUAUUUUGCUGGAAAAGGAGUUGAGAAUGACAUGAAGAAAGCAGCUUAUUACUUUAACCUUGCUGCUCAACAAGGACACGUGUUUGCUCAGAUCAAUCUUGGAAACAUGUAUUACUUUGGAUAUGGUGUAGAGAAAAACUGGGAGAAAUCAAGACAGCUUUACAAGGAGGCGGCAAAAAGCAACCAACAUGCUGAGCUUUUGCUUCAAGAACUUGAGCAUGAAAUGGAGAACCUGGACAAAAAUGAUGACCCUUAUUAGUCACGGUAAAAAUUAGUAAAAGUUCUAGGUGACAUCACUGAAUUGUGAAGCAGGGUUUGCAGAUCGUUUGUCACCUUGGUUUAAGUGAUCUAAGGAAUAGAUUGUGGGUGGAAAACAAGAGGUUAUUCAGGUGUUAACUUUGCAAUGGAUCGGAACUGGGAAUCAAACAGCUCAAGUGCCUCUGUGAACCUAAUUGAAGUCCAGGAUUAAAUGAACAGGUACAUUAUCCGGUUAAAUGACGCCAAGGGAUAUCAGCUGUGUCUCAAGGAGCAGACAUGUUGCCAGGCAACAAUGUAAAUUAAAUUUAAAAUGGCAAUAUCAUUAA